UUGAAGGGUAUUUUAAAUCACCUUUGUGAUCCUUUUGAGUAGUAGUAAAAAGAAGAGAACAUGUUAUUUUUUGUUUUUUUGGAUUAGGUAACAGUCAUUCACCAAUUACCACAUCAGCCCCCACUAAUUUUCAUUUUUGUCAACCUUUUUCCUCCUUGUGGACCCCAGUUUUCCAAAAGUCCCAUUUCUCUUGUAUUUAUCUCACAUUACCACGAGUGCCAAGCCAAAGACACAGAUGGACUUACCAGAAGUGUUGUCAUCCCUCAUUCAUCAUACAGAGAACUAGAAACCACAGCUUCUUCAACACAACACAGAGAGUGAGAGAGAGAGCAAAACAUAGACACAAAGAGGGAUGGGUAACAACAGGUUCAAAUUAUCAGACAUGAUCCCCAAUGCCUGGUUCUACAAACUCAAGGACAUGGGAAAAGCAAGAAAGCAAACCCCAUCUCAGUCCAAGAAGAAAAAACAACCUUCACCAGCCUCAAGCACACCACCAUCAAAACCAAAACAACCCCACCAAUUCAAUCCCAGAAAGUCUUACUACUUCACAAGGGAGCUUAACCCAAAUGAUAGAAUCUACACCUCACAAGCAAAUAACCAAAAUGCCAAAUGCAACAAUUCCCCUGAAGCCCCCAGAAAAUCAUCCAAACAAAGAUUCAAGAGAAGAACUGCAAGGACUUCUUCACCUAAGUUUGCUGUAGCCGCUAACAAUGACAACUCCUCAUCACCACAUGAUAGCUCUGCCGAAUCAGAGUACCCUGACCCAGAAUUCAGAACAGACCGUGUUCUUGCCACUGAAGCAUUUGAUGAAACGGUUUCUUGGACCAACUCUUUCGCCUGCAAGGUACACUCCGACGCCAAGGACAUCAUCAUUGAAGUAGACAACAAUUCCACAGAAAGAAAAGACGAUAAGCUAGAAGGGUAUGAAUAUGAUUCCUUCUCGGACCUCGUGCUUCCACCAAUUGUGACCAAGCCUGCAAAAUUCGAUGACUUGCUGAGUGAUGCCAAGAAGAAAGAAACCAAAACCAAAACCAAAACCAAAAUGGAUGCACCAGAAGAACCAAACCUGAAGGGACCUCUAAGAGUUAAAAUUGUGAAGGAAGGCACUGCACCAAUGAAGGAACAUAAGAACACCCCUGGUAGGAGAUUCUCUGUGAGCUCUUCUCCAGGGGUGAAGCUGCGGACGAACUCGCCGCGAAUUGGCAGCCGGAAAACUCAGGCACAUGGCCGGAGGAAUGUGUCGUCCGCCGCUGGCUCCGGCUCCCGGAGAAGCCUUUCGGAUAGCUUUGCAAUUAUGAAGUCAUCACUGAAUCCUCAAAGGGACUUCAGAGAAUCAAUGGUGGAGAUGAUUGUGCAGAACAACAUAAGGACAUCAAAGGAUUUAGAGGAUCUUCUUGCUUGCUAUCUUUCUCUUAAUUCAGAUGAGUAUCAUGACCUCAUUAUCAAAGUGUUCAAGCAAAUAUGGUUUGAUUUAACUGAUAAUUAGUAGAAGAACAAGUAACCAAUUAUUGAGAUUUGAGACCAUUCUAAACGAGUUUCUCAAGUUUCUGUUUCUCAUACAAUGUAUGUUCACAUGUAAGUAAUAUUAUUAAUAUCUUG